AUGCGUUCGAGACUUUCCAUUCGGCAGCUUGGGAACGGUGCCGUAAGAACACUAUCCCCCCAAUUCAUCGAACUUCCGCAUCAUGCGCACAAAAGCCGGCAGUUUGCGACCCUCGGUCAAGUCCCACCUGUUACCCAAGACGAGGCGGGAUCCAAGGGCCCAACGGCGAUGGUGUUUCUUAACAUGGGAGGGCCGUCAACUACCAACGAGGUUGGCGACUUCUUGAGUCGCCUGUUUUCAGAUGGUGAUUUGAUUCCUCUCGGUCGACUUCAAGGAUACCUCGGUCCGCUCCUGUCAAAGCGACGAACGCCUAUGAUUCAGAAGCAAUAUGCUGCUAUUGGUGGAGGUUCUCCCAUCCGGAAAUGGUCGGAAUACCAGAGUGCCGAGAUGUGCAAAAUCUUGGACAAAAUCUCGCCAGAGACGGCUCCUCACAAACCCUAUGUUGCGUUCCGAUAUGCCAGCCCCUUGACCGAAGAGAUGUAUCAGCAGCUUCUUGCUGAUGGCUUCGGGAACGGAAAGGGCGGACGAGCCGUCGCCUUUACCCAGUACCCGCAAUACUCAUGCUCUACCACGGGAAGCAGCUUGAACGAGUUGUGGAAGUGGAGACACAGGCUAGAGAACAAAAAGGCAGACGAGACAGGUUCUGGAACUAUCACCUGGAGUGUGAUUGACCGAUGGCCAGCACAUUCGGGUCUCGUCGAGGCUUUUGCAAGGAACAUUGAGGCCAAGCUUGCCGAAUACCCAGAGGAGCGUCGAAAGGAUGUGGUCCUGUUGUUUUCCGCGCACAGUCUUCCCAUGUCCGUCGUCAACCGCGGCGACCCAUAUCCUGCAGAAGUUGCGGCCACGGUUUAUGCCGUGAUGCAGAGAUUGAACUUUUCCAACCCGUACCGCCUCUGCUGGCAGUCACAAGUCGGUCCCUCUGCGUGGCUCGGUCCCCAAACAGCCACGACCGUCGAAGAGUACGUUGCCAAAGGCCAGAAGGACCUGGUGCUCAUUCCGAUUGCAUUUACAUCGGACCACAUUGAGACACUGUACGAAUUGGACCGCGAGGUCAUUGGCGAGAGCGGCCACACCGAUACUAUCAAGCGAGUAGACAGCUUAAACGGCAGUACGGUCUUCAUCCAGGCACUCGCCGACAUCGCCAAGGCCCAUUUACACAGUAGGGAGGCAUGCUCCAGGCAGAUGACCCUGCGAUGUCCCAGCUGCAAGAGCGAAAGGUGCGCUGAGACCAAGAGGUUCUUUGCCGGGCAGCAGGUCAACCUGUGA